AAUUAAUUAAUGAGUGGCAAUCAAUGAUCUUUAUUAAGGCCCUGAUCCACCAAUUCUGUCAUUAUCAAUCCCUUUUCUUUAUUCAAUUUUUAAUUCCAAUUGCUUCUUUGGAGCCUUUACUCAAUCCUCCAUCUUCAAAUUUUAAUUCUUCUGCCUUGGACUUUUUCUGCAACCAAACAUGACCAAGAACUCCCAUUCAAGAACAAGUAAUCUGCAAUCUUUUUUUUAAAAGAAUUCUGGUUGUUUGGGAAGAAACUUGGGCUUGUUGAUCAGUUUUUUUCAGUUGGGUUGUGAACUAAUUUUCCAUUCUGGGAACAGUAAGGUGAGUGUUGAGCGAUGGCGGACGUCUCUGCGCCUCGGAUUUACAGCUGCCACAAUUGCAGAAACCAUGUCGCUCGACAUGAGGACAUUUUCUCCAAGAAUUUUCAGGCAAGCCAUGGCAGAGCUUUUCUCUUUUCUCAUGCCAUGAACAUAGUGGAAGGGCCCAAAGAAAACCGGAAUCUGAUCACUGGUCUCCACGUAGUUGCAGAUAUCUUCUGCAAGAAUUGUGGGAUGGCGUUGGGUUGGAAGUAUGAGAAAGCUUAUGAGGAAUCACAGAAGUACAAAGAAGGAAAAUUCAUACUGGAAAAAUUCAAGAUUACGAAGGAAAAUUUUUAGGCCCCCCAUGUCUUUGAAAUGUUGAUUUUUUACAGAGGACUAUUCUUCAAUUUGAUCCAUCUUUGAUUGUUCUUUACAUGGGCGUCAAUUGUCAUUAACUUUUCUGCACAUCAAUUUGUUUGGAUACUGGGAAAAUCUUUAAUCAAGAGAUAGAUGAAUGAAAGUGUCUUUUUCUCCUUUUGGA